AUGCCUGCUAAUGACACAUGUGCUGGGACAGAUGGAUCUAAUACAGAUUUUCGAUACUUCAUCUAUGCAGUGACAUACACUGUCAUUCUUGUGCCAGGCCUCAUAGGGAACAUAUUAGCCUUGUGGGUAUUUUAUGGCUAUAUGAAAGAAACCAAACGGGCUGUGAUAUUCAUGAUAAACCUAGCCAUUGCUGACUUACUACAAGUCCUCUCCUUGCCACUGAGGAUCUUUUACUACUUGAAUCAUGACUGGCCAUUUGGGCCUGGCCUCUGCAUGUUUUGUUUCUACCUGAAGUAUGUCAACAUGUAUGCAAGCAUCUACUUCUUGGUCUGCAUCAGUGUGCGAAGAUUUUGGUUUCUCCUCUACCCCUUUCGCUUCCACGACUGUAAACAGAAAUAUGACCUAUACAUCAGCAUUGCUGGCUGGCUAAUAAUCUGCCUUGCCUGUCUGCUAUUUCCUCUCCUCCGAAGCAGUGAUGACACCCCUAGCAACAGAACCAAAUGCUUUGUGGAUCUUCCUACCAGGAAUGUCAAUCUAUCCCAGUCUGUUGUCAUGAUGACCGUUGGCGAGUUGAUUGGUUUUGUCACUCCUCUUCUGAUUGUCCUGUAUUGUACCUGGAAGACGGUUUUAUCACUGCAGGAUAAAUAUCCUGUGGCCCAAGACCUUGGAGAGAAAAAGAAAGCCUUGAAGAUGAUUCUAACCUGUGCAGGAGUUUUCCUAAUUUGCUUUGCACCUUAUCACUUCAGUUUUCCUUUAGAUUUCCUGGUCAAGUCCAAUGAAAUUAAAAGCUGCCUAGCCAGAAGGGUGAUUCUAAUAUUUCAUUCUAUUGCCUUGUGUCUGGCUAGUCUGAAUUCCUGCCUUGACCCAAUCAUAUACUACUUUACCACUGAUGAGUUCAGAAGACGGCUUUCAAGACAAGAUUUGCAUGAUAAUAUAAAACUCCAUGCAAAAUCAUUUGUGAGCAGCCAUACCACUUCUAUCUUGACAACUGAACUAUGUUAA